AUGCCUGAAGCACCCGUCCCUAGCACAGGUGCUGGUGGACCUGCCGCAUCUGCUCCACCUCCGGAGAUUCCAGUGUCUGGUGUCAAUUCAACGCCUAGCAAUGGUAACACUAGGGCAAGGGCCCGUAUUAUCAAUCGCCGGCCAAGGAAACCUAUCAGCUGUCAUUCAUGUCGGCAAUCCAAGCUGAAGUGCGAUCGACAGCAGCCCUGUGCCUCGUGCAAACGGCGAGAGUGUAUCGAAUCCUGUGUUUAUGAAGGUCCCCGUAAGAACGAGGCGGAUGCGGGAAGGCUGUCAUCAUCUGAGACCGUGCAGUGUCCUAGUUCAAGAGAUUCCCAAGGCCUGGCCAGCCCGGAGUCUCUGUCGUCGGCCCCGGGUCCGAACAGAUUUCAUCGCACGCCAAUUCAAACAACUAGUUUAUUAUCCCACGACCAUGGCUAUCAAGAGUAUAGCCAUGCCCAUUGGGACGCCCUUUUGCAGCGGCCGAUAGAUCAAAUGCGUCAGCAGUCAUCACCGCAGCAUGACCCUUUCUCACUUCCAGGUAACCUCUGCUUUCCAUUUUCAUUGGGUUCCCCAGUGUCGAGGAGCGAGUUAUUGGCCAUGUUGCCAUCAUCCCACGCCUGCGAAUAUCUUAUAACACAAUAUUUCAUGCGCCUGUCGCCCCUGUUCCAUAUCUUGCAUGGGCCAACGUUUCAGAAGCAAUACGAUACGUUCAAGCAAGAUCCGUCCGGUGUGGACCUUUCCUGGAUGGCAUUACUGUUCUUAAUUUGUUCCGCAACCCUGAAGAGUAUGGAGGGAGAUGAGGCUGCGUUAGUCGAUAUUCAGCCCAAUGUGCCCGGUUCUCAUGAUAUAUCCUCGAUCUCUUACAAGUUACGAGCUGCUGCGUUGGUCUGCCUGUCGCAGGAUCAAUUUUUAAUCCGUCACAAUCUCGACACACUUGAAGCUCUUUUGGUAUUGAUAUAUACGAUUAGUAAUAUCGAGGGCGUCGAGCAUGCCUGGACAUUGCUAGGGAUCGCGUUAAACAUAGGCAUUGCAUUACAGUGCAACACUGACACAAACCAUGCGCAGCUCAGCUGUAUCGAUAUCGAACGGCGUCGUCGUUGUUGGGCUGGAAUCUUGAUGCUGCACACUUACCAGGCUAUCUCAUUCCGAGAUAUCAAUAUGUCUCUUUUGCUUAACACCGAAGCCACAAUGCCGGCUGAUGUCAACGAUGUCGAUAUAAGAGACGAUGCCAUCCUACCACCAUCAAGCAAGCCGACCCAGAUGUCUGUCAUGAAAUUCAAAUUCCGGAUGUUUCAGCUAUCCAGCAAGAUCUGCCAUCAUCUCUCAAAUAACUCAAGGCUCGACGAAGCCACGCUUGACCACUUUGAUGGCCUUAUCUUAGAGCAGCAGCAGAGCUGGGACACGGUUUUUCUUCUAAAUGGGUCACCUAGUAUUUUGGAUACCUCAAGUUAUGCUCAUUGGUGCGUAUUGCAACUGUAUGCGCACCAACUAUACUUACUCAUACACCGACCAUUCUGCAAGCUGUGCGGUCCCUCUUUUCGACCAACGUCUAGAGCGAAAUGCAUUGGUUCUGGCGCCACUCUGUUGGACAUCCACCGCCAGUUCUGCGACCUUCCACGCCUGCGACAUUACCGUUGGUUUGUCUACGGCUUGGUAAGCUUUUAUGCCAUCCAUGGAGCUAUUGCGUUGGCAUCAUGCUUGCUGGACGAGCACGAUACGCAUGAGUCCCCGUAUUACUCUACGUUCGCUGCAGCCGUGGCGCGUUUUAAUAGCCUUCAGAGUAGAAGUCAGAUAUGUAUCAAGGCCUGUCCCAUUCUCCGACGCCUCCAGUCAUUGUUGUCCACUGAACAAUUCCGGUUUCCAAACUCAGUUGACUACAAUUUUGGGGCCACCUUUGAUGACUGGAUUGACGGCGCGCAAUGGUUGAACCCGGAGUCUAUAAACUGGGAGUUCUGGGACAACAUAUUGAACAACGCACCACCAUCCUAA